CACGGGGUUAGUUGCUCCACAGCAUGUGGGAUCUUCCCAGACCAGGGGACCAGGGCUCAAACCUGUGUCCCCUGCAUUGGCAGGCGGAUUCUUAACCUCUGCACCACCAGGGAAGUCCGGGGAUAGAGUUCUUUGUGGGGUUGGGUGCCUGCUUCCUCCCCCAGCCUGGCUUGGAGCUCGGGGGGUUCCCACCCUCUGCCCCACUUUACGGAGAUGCACACUGAGGCCCCACUAGCCUGCUUCACAACUCCCCAGGGGCUGUCUGUUCAGCCUCUGCUGCCGACAUGGUGUCUACACGUGCCUGCCCUUCCUUUCCCAAGAGUUGCUGGUCCCCCAGGUCUCUGUCCAUACGAUCUGGAUCACCGGAGACAGAAUCCCAGGCUUUUCUUUCCAUGGCCCUCCUACACCUGCUUCAGUACAGCUAGAGCGCUAGGCCUGCCCGCAACCCACACCCGACUACACCUAUUCCUCUUCUACCAGGAGGGUGUUAGGGCCCAGACUCUCUCUACAACUUAAGGUGGCUGUCUUUGCCACCUGUCCCAAUUGCCAAUGUCCCACAUUGCCCAGCCCCCUCUCUGGAAGUCGCCUGUCCCCUGAGACUUAACGCUAGUCGGGUCCCUGACAGAGAUGAGGGCGAGUUCGCAUCUAAGUAGCCUAGCGCUUCCCCGCCCCCACCCCUUUCCUGGAAGCCCGAAGCUGCGACGUCACUUGCAGGUGUCAGCUGCCCCGCCCCUCCUCCCUCCGCCUUAAAGGGGUCGCGUCUCCCGAGGCCUCCCAGGGGCGUAGAUAGCACCUCGGCGGGACCCGUGAGGGCUCCGUGGCCGCGGUGCGGGAGGUGGGCGUCCGGAUCCUAAUCCUGCCUUUCUGGCAUGGUGUGGCUCUUGGCCUCUGUUUUCUCGGCCUGAGAAGUGGGGACGCCCGGAUUCCUCGCACUAAAGCAGUCUCUCAGAGGGCAUUUUCCAGGCCCGGGAAGGGGGCGGGGCCGCAGCCCAGAGGAGCAGCUUCCCCCACCGGCUUCUCGGACCCCGCCCGCCCCACCCCCACGAUGACCGCCCACAUCCUCCUGCUGUUGCUCCUCGCCUCUUCUACCCUGGGGUACCCGGACUCCGCGGGCAGGCGGCCCCGGCACCAGGUCUCCCAGCUGCGCGGGCACCUCUGUUCACUGGGCACGUGCCAGACGCACCGCCUGCCAGAGAUUAUAUACUGGCUCCGCUCUGCCUCCACCAAGGAGCUCUCAGGGAAGGCGGGCCGCAAGCCUCAGGAUCCCCACAGCUAUGGGCGCCGCCGGCGGCGCGCGGCCAGACUCUUGCUGCGUCUUCAGGACCCCAGCCUGCGGCAAGGAGGCCAGCUCAGUGCCCAGCUCGCUGGGUGAUGUUGGGCACAUCUCUGCUCGUCCCCUGGCUUCAGUCUACCCAUCUGUGUAUCGGGGCCGUGACCCCAAAUUUCUUUUCCCCUAACUCCACCUCCUGGGCUCUCCCCAGGCUGCGACUGGGCUGGACCACGUGCACACCGGACCCAGCAUGGACAAAGAAUAUUAACGUCCAGAGCUGAAUAAAACGAGAGUUCCA